UCGUAUCAUUAAAAGAGAUUUUGCCGAGGAUUUUGAACGAGGUAGUCGCGAGUAAAGUCGAACAGGUACGUUCAGGUGAGUUGAGAUGAAAUGAAUGCACCAACGCCGUCGAGGCUAUGCCCGCAUGGUUCUGCGUGUAUUCACCAAGUUACCCGUGUGUUACGGCUGGCCGAUCAGAGUUCCGGACCCACUUCCGGACGAGUCCGUACCGGUAUGGUUUCUUUUUUAGCCACGAAUGUGCAGUAUCGGUUGUUCCGCGUACAGUUAAGCGUCGUUUCGCGUGAGAGCUAUCACGUUAUCCUUCUUAGCGCCUUUAACCAACCGUUCUUCAAUUUUUCACCAAGAAAUAACAUUAAACGACCGUAGCUUAACAUUAAAUGGCUCAAGGACGUGACGAUAAAGGAAUAAAAAUGGAUUUCUCUAACAAUAAAUGGGAUGAGAGAAGUUGCCGUUCCGAUGAUUCGACUGGUGAUAUCUUCAAGAACGUACCGAAGGAUAGCAGUACUUUUCGAGUCUGGAAAAUCGAGCAAGGUUUACGUGCCACAGCUGUUUCAACAAAUAACAUAGGAUUUUUCCUAACGGAAUCAGCCUAUAUUAUUUAUGCAGUAUCUUCCAAAGAUGGUCCUCUACCGUAUCCUGGAAUGCCGAUAAAGGAUUUAAAGGGAGCAUCUUCGAUACGUGCCAUCCAUUUUUGGAUUGGAUCCAGCUGCGAUGCUACGAUUUCCGGUGCCGCAGCCUUACGUGCAGCCGAAUUAGAUUCACAGGUUUCAGCGACGAUUCUAUCGAGGGAGGCUCAAGAACGUGAAAGUCCUAGAUUUCUUUCGUAUUUCCGGCAAAGGCUCGUCAUAGAGAAUCUCCAUUUCGAGACACCGACUUGUACGAUGCACAGAGUUUCCGGAAUUACGAUACCGAUUUUGAUUGAACUAGACAAAGUUCGUUGGGAAAACUUCACGUCCAAAGAUGUGAUCCUAAUUGAUGUUCAUUCGAGAGGUACAGUAUUUCUAUGGCUCGGAUCGUCUGCCGAUCCGUUGCACAAGAGACACGCGGCAGCUAUUUUAGAAGAAAGGAAAGAGAAUAAUAACGACGUUCGAGUGAUUAUCGUCGAGGAUGGCUACGAACAGACCCUUCCAAAAGGAGACAGGCACCUUUUCGCUACCGUGCUAGAUCCUUCGAGUAGAACAGUGGCACCAGAUCGUCUUUAUCGAAUCAACAUACCUGCUCCUGUCAAACUCUAUAAAUGUUGCGAACAAUCUGGAAAAUAUAAAGUAGCUGAACUAAAGUCCGGUCCGAUCUUACGUACCGAUCUCACUUCUGGAUCCGUAUAUUUGAUAGAUCGUGGAGAGACUGGUGUUUGGGCUUGGGUUGGACGAGACGUUAACACUAGAGAAAAGCUAGAAGCUGUCCGAAACGCUCGUGGCUUCGUAAAGAAGAAGAAUUAUAGCGCGACGAUACCAGUUGCUAGAGCUAUCCAAGGUUACGAACCAAUCGAAAUGAAGGCUCUGUUGAGAGGAUGGGAACCCUCGAAGAUGAGACCGCUGACGUUGCCACCUACUUUCGAACCCGAUUACAUGAAUGAGAGGCCCAGGAUGGCAGCCGAAUGUCAAUUGAUCGAUGAUGGUACUGGUGAGAAAACUCUAUGGAGAGUUAACCAGAAGGAGGGUAUGAUUGAAGUCGUUGACAGAGCGAUUUACUAUGCCGAGGCUUGUUACGUUAUGAGAUAUAAAUAUGGCCAGGGUCGUAGGUGCAGAACGAUAGUAUACUGUUGGGAAGGUGUUCAUACUAUAAAAUUUGACAGAGAAGCCGCUUUGGACGCGGCUUGUCGCAUUGCUGAGGAGGAGUCUGGUCAAUUGAUAAAAGCUUCUCAGGGUAGGGAGCCACCACAUAUGUUGCAAAUAUACAAUGGCACGUUGAAGAUACUUGCUGGACGUCAUCGUGAUUUUCCGCCAGAAAAAUAUCUUGUAAGGGUAUUCGGAUCGACGCCGUACACGUCGAAAGCCGUUGAACGUCCUGCGAGAUCCAGUAGUUUAGAUUCUAGCGGAGUUUUCAUACUGUUCUCGUCUAAUCCAGUUGUCUGGUGUGGUGCUAGAAGUACUGGCGAUGCCAGACAAGCUUCUCGACGUCUUGCACCGAAAAAUGCACCACUCGUUUUAGAGAGUAAAGAAGGCAACGAAUUCUGGGCGGAGCUGGGAGGUCGUGGAACGUACGGCACAGAGGUUGCUGAAAGCGAGGAGGAGCAGGAGAAACAUCUUUUUCGAUGUCAAACGGAGGGUAAUAUUUUUGUUGGCGAAGAAGUUCUCGGCUUUGGACAAAGUUCACUUAUUCCGGAGGCUACGUGGUUACUAGAUGCUGGAAAUAUGAUUUGGAUUUGGUUAGGCAAAUUGUCAGCAACAAAAUCUUUAAAACAGUGCGUAGAAGACGCAAUGAUAUUCCUGUACAGCCAUCCGGCAGGGAGAGAUCGUAAUACAACGAUUUCCAUAAUUAAGCAAGGGGUGGAACCGCCAACGUUUAUAGGACUUUUUGAAAAUUGGAAUCACAAUCUACUACGAGAUUAUAAAUCUUUUGAAACGAUAUGCAGCUCUCUACAAGAGAAAGAAUUGUCUAUUAAGAUACAAACAACCGGAAAAGUUACAACGGAAUUUGAUAACUUCAUUAAAUAUCCGUUGUCGGUAUUGAAAAAUGACGCUGAAAAUUUGCCAACUGGUGUUGAUGUCGCACGGAAGGAAAUGCAUCUUACCUUCGAUAAUUUUAUUGCGAUAUUUAAAAUGGAGCCUGCCGAAUUUGAGAAACUUCCUGCCUGGAAGAGGCAGAGGUUGAAGCAGUCAGCAGGACUCUUCUAAUCACUGCGAAAAUUACAAUCAAACUUCAGUUUCCCUCGUGCAUAUUUUAUUAUAAAUUCAUUAAAAUAAAUGCGUUAAUCUUAUUUUAUU